AUGGCCUCUGAUCAACCCAAAAGACCAAGGUUUUUUGAUGAUAGACUGGAACAACUUGAUCCUGAUGAGGAUAGUCCAAAGAAAGUGAAGCUUUUUGUAUCUGAUUUGGCGUCUGACGAGGAAAGCCCUUCCAGAGAGGAUCUUCAUUCUGAUGAUGAAUUUGUCUUGUUUCAAUCAGAGAUCAGUUCUAUCGUCACCAAUAUUUCUGAAACAGCAAUCAUGCGGUUAUAUGAUAAAGUGAAAGGGCACUCUAAUAUUCUAGAAUCAGCUUUAAACUUAUUCUAUGACCAACCGGAGACCUUUACCGAAACUGACGAAAGUAAGAGAAAAGACCUGAAAGAGAUCAGAACAAUUGAAAGCAAAAUUAACAAUCUGGCCAACCAACGAUUUACAGAGAAACAGAAAGAGAAAUACAAAUACAUUGGCACUCUGGUCUGUGAUGGUUGGUGUUCUAGGCCUCGGGUACAAAAAAUUCAAUAUGGUAGUAGGCUUAACAUUUCAACUCCGCCGAAAAGCUCACCCGCAAAAACCUCCAAAAAGAAAGCAUCGGCUUCCCUUGUAAGGCUAACUAUUCCAGAUACUUCAAAUCAAAACUACCAAAGAGAAGUCGGAAGGCUCCCAGAAAACAUAGCCAAAACCAUAAGUCCCCUUAUUGAAAUGGGCAUCGGAAAGUUUGAAGUCACAGUUAUAUUCACAGAUCAAAGAACUAUACGUAUGGGGGACUCUUUUUUGAUUCAGUUGGAUUGCUUCAUCAAAGACUCGGCAUUCACCAGCCCUGAUUCAGAACACUGUCUUACUAGCGAUGAAAGAAAAGAUGUUUUGAAGAAAGGUGCUAAAGAAUUGGACACUGAAGUCUUGAUGAGAAAGAAACAAAAAUCACUUUUUGAUUUAUUUCAGCUAUUGGGAUUGAAAGAAUUGACUGAACAUAAUAAACUGGAAGGUGAAAACUCAGAACCUGUCAAUCUGGAUUCCGGUUCUGACAAUGAAGACGAAAAAGCACCAAAAAGUUCAACAGCUGAUCAUCUAGAUCUGAACCAGCUUAACCAAUUUUACAAAUCAGCUCAAUUAUCUCAUGAGAAGGUUCAUCUUCCAGAUACCACUCCAAAUAAAACCGCAUUUUCCCUAGACUUGAGAACUUAUCAAAAGCAAGGUUUAUCAUGGAUGCUGAGAAGAGAGGCAUCAUAUUCUUUGAUCGGUAACCCUGAAGGCUCUCAGGAUGCAAGAUUGGUGAACAGCUUUAAAGAUCACGACUUAAACAAGCUCCAUCCUCUUUGGAAGGCUUACAAAUGGCCAGAAGAUCGAUCCUGGUCAAAUGUUAAACUAUCCGAGAACUCUCACGAUUCUUCAUUUUCAUCAAGCAAAGAGUUUUAUUACAACAUCUAUUCCGGAAAUUUUUCAUUCACCAAACCUCUGUUAAAGAACGCAUCUAAGGGUGGUAUUCUGGCUGAUGAGAUGGGGCUGGGAAAAACUAUAACCUCUCUUUCACUAAUACUUACUUCAAGCGAGGAUACAGAACUUGCAAAUGAGAGUAAUAUUCCUAAUGACUAUGCAUACAAGACUACGCUUAUAAUUGUACCCAUGUCUCUGUUGUCACAAUGGGAACAAGAAUUCGAUCGGUGCAACGCAGAUAGCCAAAAACGAUGCUUCAUUUAUUAUGGCAACGAGACAUUGGGUGACAUGAAGCAACUUCUUUGCAAUUCGAAAGACCCUCCUGUGGUUGUGCUCUCGACAUAUGGUACGAUCCAGAAUGAGUGGGCUAGAGGUCACAAGGUCACAGAUGGUAAUCUUCUCAAUGAGGGACUGUUUUCUGUCAAAUUCUUCAGGAUAAUUCUUGAUGAAGGUCACAGCAUUAGAAAUAGAUCAACCAAGACCUCUCGAUCUAUUUUUGAUCUAAAAGCAUCUAGAAGAUGGGUUCUUACCGGAACUCCAAUCGUUAACAGGCUUGAUGAUUUGUAUUCCUUAGUUAAAUUCUUAAGGUUAGAGCCAUGGGACAACAUUUCGAUCUGGAAACAUUUCAUAACAAUCCCUUUUGAAACUAGAAAGAAUUUGGAUCAAUCAUUGGAAGUACUUUCUGCAAUUUUAGAGCCCAUUAUUCUUAGGCGGACGAAGAACCAAAAGGAUGAAUUUGGAAAUCCUUUAGUGGUGUUACCGUCAAAGGAAGUAGUCAUUGAUAGACUCAAAUUCAACGAAAAGGAACUUACCUUAUACAAUUGGUUCAGAUAUAGAGCCGAGACCACAUUCAAAGAGAGUUUGUUCAAGGGUACAGUCCUUCAAAGUUAUAGUGAUAUUUUGACCCAUAUUUUGAGAUUGCGACAGAUAUGCUGUAGUAUUAAACUUGUCGGAAAUUUGUUUAAAGAUUCAUUUAUGGAAGAUGAUAAUUUUACUUUGGAUCAAAAGCUUAUUCUGACACAGUCUGACGAAUCAGUAGAGGUUUUAGCAUCAUUUGAAAAGAAAAUGGAAGAGGAAAAACUAGGCCCUGAUGAAAUCAUAUCCAUCAAGGAAGGCAUUUAUAAACUUUACCCGUCUUUUGAGGACACCGAGUGUGCUAUCUGUACGACAAGUCCAAUCUCUAUUGAAGAUUGCAUGAUAACUGAAUGUAAGCAUUGUUUCUGCAUCGGGUGUCUCAUGGAGCAUUUUGAAUUUCAACAGAGAAAGCAAGAGAAUGAAGUUUUAUGUCCAAACUGUCGUUCCAAAAUAAGCAAACUGCGUCUCUUCAAGACACAUUUAGUGGAGGAUAGUGAGAGAGGCUACUCCGUGACUUUAUUCCAUCCUUAUGGCAGUUCUAGCAAGAUAAAUGCCCUAUUAAGACAUUUGAAAACUAUACAUGAGACAAAAGAACAUGUGGUAGUAAUUUCUCAGUUCUCGUCAUUCCUUGACCUAAUUCAGGCCGAACUAUCAAAGUAUAAAAAAGAAUUUAAAGUGAUGAAGUUUGAUGGGCAGUUGUCUUUAAGUGAGAGGCAAGUUGUUCUGAAAGAAUUCAAUGACAACCCAGAAAACGGGGGUAUAAACGUGUUGUUACUGUCCCUUAAAGCCGGAGGUGUUGGACUAAACUUGACCAAUGCUUCCAGAGCAUUUAUGAUGGACCCUUGGUGGUCUCCCAGUGUAGAAGCUCAAGCUAUUGAUCGUUUACAUCGAAUAGGACAAUCGAAAAAUGUUAAUGUUGUUCGAUUCAUAAUGGAAGGGUCUAUCGAAGAAAAGAUGUUAAAAGUUCAAGAGCGGAAAAAGCAGUUAGGCGAAGCUGUCGGAGACGAUGAAGAACGACGUCAAAGGAGAAUCGAGGAGAUCAAAUUGUUGUUCAAUGACGAUGAGUGA